CAAGAAUGGCAUUAGGAGUUGCAUUGUGGUUAUGUCCCAAAAAAAAUACCCAAUUGUACGACAAGCUUGGGACGUUGAUGUCCUCGUUGAACACCCUCUUUCCAGGCCAACCACCACGAUUUGAACCUCAUAUCACCAUCACUACAAAUAUACAGAUAGAUUUGGAACAUCCCGAUCAGGCCCGUGACGAUGUGGAUAGAAUCUUAUCUGCCAGUGCAGUAGCACUCAAUUCCUUGCCAAAGAAUCACUCUAAUUUAGUGACUUUGGGAAAGAUUGAUAGUCAGCGGAAAUUCUUCAAGAAGCUAUACUUCCAUGUGGCAAGAGAUCCCAACUUGGUCUCUUUCGCUCGCAUUAUCCGGGAGCUUUUCGUGAUCUUGCCUAGUGAUAUUGAACAAGAGAACAUUAAACAGAACCCUCACCUAUACACCAAAGAUAGCCACGGGAAUACCAUCAAAAGGAGAAAACUGAAGAAGCAUCGCGAUGAUCCCGAACCAAAGCAAUUUGAUACGUCAUCAAUUCAACUCAAUGCUACCCACAAGGCUGCAGAGUGGUCUUCAAAUGAGUAUGAUCCUCAUCUCUCGUUGGUCUACAGUGAUAUUCAUCCAAUAGACAAUGCCUUAUGGAGGACCAUCAAAACCAGAGUGCAGGACUACUUGAAUAUUGAUAAUUGUGACUCGGAAUACUUGGUGGAUAAUGGACUCGGUUGGGAUGGAGGGGUUUUGAAACUUGUACUUUGUGAGGGUGACGUCAACGAUUGGAUAACCCUCGGGAGUGUUGAUGUCCAUUAAAUAGAUUAAUAUUAGCCUAUAAUGUAAUUUUUCAUGAUAGAAAGCGUUGUAAUUCUACCAAAAUAGGAUUUCAAUGAAUGCAAAAAAUAAUGAAG